GCUUUGCCGCGAUCGCACAUCCGCUGCAUGAUCUGCUCCGUAGGGACGUUUCGUCUGCGUGGUCAGCUGAACAUCAGGUCGGUCCUGCUCGGCCGCUGAAAGAAAUUAUGCCAUAACUAAAUUGGAAUUGCUAGCGGUGGUUUGGGCAUGUCGUACAUUCAGACCGUACAUUCUGUUGCGCCCGUUUUUGCUUCCGACAGACCACGGUAGUCUGCGUUGGCUGAUGCACUUUAAAAAUCCGGAAGGUCAGAUUGCCCGUUGGCUCAGCACGUUAGGGGAGUUUCACUUUACCGUGGAACACCGGCCAGGAGCGCAGCAUGGGAAUGCAGAUGGAUUAAGUCGGUAGGUUGACACUGACCUGUCAGUUAAUGUAGUGUCUUUUUUUACGCCUACCGCUUGUGACAUUCGCGAGGCUCAACAAAAUGAUGCCGAGCUACAUGUCGUGAUAGGCCGGUUGGCUGCCACUCAGCUCGUUCAGGAUGGCGAUAGUUCUGUAGUUCGUACUCUGCUGACUCAGUCCGAGACCAUGACCAUGGUAGACGAUGUUUUGUACCAUGACACGUUGCCAUUGCUUGCCCGCCAGUUAGUGGUUCCGGUGGUGUUGCGCCCCCAAUUUUUGGCCGAGGCGCACGCUGGUCAAAUACCUGGCCAUUUUGGUUCAGACCGCACAUUGGCUCGGCUUCAUAAAGUCGCAUACUGGCCGGGAAUGUCGGUCGAUGUCUCGGUGUUUUGUAAAUGUUGUACAGUGUGCGAGCGUGGCUAAGAUCCGCCUAGGGCUGCAAAAGUCCCGCUCGGCACUGUGCGUGUGGGUGCCCCGUUUGAGGUCAUCGCCCUGGAUAUCAUGGGACCCCUACCUCUCACUGCUCGUGGUAAUAAAUAUACCCUAGUGGUUGGGGACGAUUUUUCUAAAUGGGUUGAAAUUCUUCCCCUGCAGGACAUGAGAGCUGAGACGGUGGCGGACCUUUUGGUCGAACGGGUAUGAAGUUUGGUGUUCCUAGCCAGUUGCACACGGAUCAGGGCACACAUUUUGAGAGUCGUCUUAUGUCAUGCCUGUGUCAGUUGUUGGGGGUGUGUAAGUCCCGCACGACCCCGUACCGGCCUCAGUCCGAUGGCUUGGUAGAGCAGGCCAAUCGCACUAUUCAGAUUGCUCUUCGGGCGGAACGUCGAGGGUGAUCAGGCCUCGUGGGACAAACAUCUUUCCCUGGUGCAAUUUGGCUACAAUACAGGGGUCCACCGCUCUACCGGGCUUACUCCCCAUUUUGUCCUGUUUGGGAGGGAGGCCCGUCUACCCUUAGACUUGUUCUUACCUCCACCUAAUACCCCCGUCGAAGCCCCUUUGCCUGUGUACUUGUCCAAUCUUGGGUCGUCUUUGGGUCAGGCUUUUGGCGUUGUGACCGCCUCGGUGUAGCCCAGAGAGUGGCUAAGGCAGCGUACGAUCGCCGAACUAAACUACCCAGGGUACAACCUGGGGACUAUGUUUGGCUCCACGCUAUUCCGCCCCCUGGGUCCAGCCCUAAGCUGUUCCGCCCCUGGACUGGCCCCUGGCAGGUGGGAGUGGUGAAGGGAGUUGUGUGUGCUAUUGUCGGGGUGGGUCCUCCUCCUUCACCCCGACAUUCUAAGCACCUGACUGUGCAUGUGGAUAGGUUGCGGGUGGUGCAGGGUAAGGUAGUUGUUUCCCCAGGGGUUCCAGCUACCGGGCCCGCCACGCCUGAAAGACCGGCGGUUGCCUCCAUGGGUGGGCCCGCUCUGUUUCUGCCGGCCCCAUUUGCGUGGUCGGUCCCAGGGUUGGUUCAGCCCCCGGGUUACCUCCCCACACCUCCCCCAUCUCCGGUGGCUGUGCUGCCUGUUGGUGCUCAGGGUUCCCCUCCCUUGGUGGGUAGUCCCCCCGGGUACCCCUGCCCCGAGUCCUGAUUCUCCUCGCCUGGGUUCCUCUUCCUUGCUGGGUAGUCCGUUGGUGACCCCGACGCAGAGCUCUCCGGUUUCUCCCACCCAUCCUACUCCGCCCGGGACACCACAUCCUCGGCGGAGGUGUGCCCUGCCCCCGGGUGGCUAUGCUGCCCUUGAGGAGGGUCAGUUAGACCUCUCGUGGUGGGUUUGGUAAUAUCAAUAUUUUAUACCAUGGAUACUCCCAGUUGGUUUUGUUUCGUCUUUCUCUUCUCUUUUUUCUUGUCUUUUUUUGCUCAGUGUCGCCCUCGCCGACCCGGAAAUGGUGUUGGACCUAAUCGAGGAGUGGAAAACGUUUUUCGAUUCGCUUCCCGAAGACCUGCGUCCGACUUCCCUUCUGACCGCUCCCUCGCCGGUGAUGUCUGCAGCGCCAGGGCCAGUGGUGCCUCGCCGCUCUCGCCGGAGGCGCCGGGCACACCGAGCGGCGCAGCGUCGCGCCGCCCUCGCUGCUCCGUCACCAGCUGGUAGGGUGCCGGACAGUGCGCCUUCCACUCCCCCUGUGGGGUCGGAACUGGUCUCCCUCGUUGAGGUCCAUUGUGUUAACGAAUUACCAAAAUUUUUCCUCAUUCUGUAGUUUUUUGUUCGUCGUUUCCUUUGGGUGAGUGGUGUCCUAGGUUGGUGCUGUUCUGGAAAAGAUCCCUACAAGGAUAGGGCAUAAAUAGGUGGAGCAGCUCGCCAGCCGGGGUCCUCUUUGAAAAUGUUGCUUUCAUGUUCCUUCAUUGUUGCACAGUUUCGCGGGGCUCCCGGCUGGUGUCAACCCUCCUGGCCUACUCGUCACUUGCCCAAUGGUCUCGUCUGUGCCUCUUUUGUAUUCGCCUAUCUAUGAUGUACAUAUUUCAUUUCUUUCUUCUUCCUGUCUUCUUCUCCUGUCUGUCUUCUCUUUUUGUUUUUCUUCUCUCCCAUCCUCAGGAGAGGAUGGAUUUUUUAUGUGGACGUAUGUUGUCCCUGCCCUUUUGGAGGCUACCCGUGCCAGUCAAAAUUUCCAAACAUUCACUGUUUCCAUUGGUGAGAAGUCAGCACACAAGCACCAGUACUGCGGCCAGUAUUGUGGCUAGCACUGUUGUCGGUAAUCUGGCCCAGCUCUCUCCUCCUACAGAUCAUUACUACACGGUUGGUAUGAGAGCAUUUUCGCACGAUGGAUGAAAACCCAUUUGAUUCUGAAGAGUUUGUCUGCGAUAUCCAGCUAUGGAUUCAACGUCUUGAUCCUGAUCAAUUCCGGAAGCUUGUCCAGCGCCGGGGUUUGAUCAAAGACCGCGACCGCAUUGAUGAUCUUAAACUUAUACAAGCACAACAGGGAGGUGCGGCCCACAAUGAAAAAGUCGUUUCAAUCCUUGCUCCUGGUGAAAUGGACACCUAUCAGGGUCUGUGUAAUGUCAUUCUGGAAAUGGGCUACACCGACCGAUAUCAUCAGAUGAUUCAGCUCUUACCACAAUACCGUGUUCAACAAGCAUUGUCCUCGUGUGUUGCUGCUAAGCAACCAGAGUCAGCCAACGCCAUAGCAGCCAGAGCAGACCCACCUGUAACCAUGCCAACUGAAGACUGCACAACAGCAGCGGUUGCGUCAGCAGGAUAUGCAGCGUAUCAAUCCACUGCAGGGGCAACGAGUCCAUCGCCACUUGGACAGCAAUUAGCACCACUGUGUCCACCGAUGAAAAGCAGAACUGCAGCAGCAAGACCAGGAGCAGAAGGAGGAGAAGUAGCUGGAGUAACAGCAGCAUCAAUGGCAGCACCAGCAGCAGGGGCAAUGGCAGGAGCAGCAGCAGCAGCAACCACAGCAGCAGCAGCAGCAGCAGCAGGGGCAAUGGCAGGAGCAGUAGCAGUGGCGUCAUCAGCAACUGUAUUAACCCCUCAAGCGUCACUCCAGGCAAGGUUUCCAAUCGGAACGACAAUGUCAGAACGUGCGCAUGGAGCAAGAGCAGAGUCAGAACCAGGAGCAACAGCCACAGUACCAGCUGUACCAGCACUUCAUCAUUGCCAUCAUCCCGGUGCACAACCACCUCUUGCUCUGCAGCCCGGUGCAGCCUUAGCUUGCUCCUCCACUGGUAGAUCACCAUCAUCAAUGUCAGGUCCUUCUACUACGGCAGAGACUACAUUUGGUCUUAGCCAGACCUGUAUGAGUGCACCCACCCAAGCCACUACAACACAUCCCAUUGCCAGCUCAGAUAACACUAGCACUGGCAGGUGUGCUGCUGUUGGUAAUGCUGCUAGGAGAGGAACUGCUUUGCAGCAGAGUACACAGCCACCAGCGUCAGUCCACCUUGAAAACACGGCACAGAUGGCAGCAGCUGCAGUUGUAAGACAUGCUUCUUCACUGCCUCUCGAGCCGCAAGCCAAGAGGGCCCUACUAAGCAAUGUUGGCAGAGCAUUCACCGAGGAAAUGUCCAGGCAUAUUGACUAUGUGUCUGCUCCAAGUAUGGCUCAUACCAGUCCAGAUUCCCAGGCCUCUCUGCUGCACAAGUCUCAGUCCCUCCUGGACAGCCCCGAAAUGUAUGAAGGUGACUCAGGGUUGUCCGGCUCAGCUGCUAGCUCAGACACCGAAGAAUGGACGGAAGAUGAUCUGCGCAAUGCUCGAGUCACGGUCUUUUUGGACAGCAAACUGAGGACAUCUGUGGAUGACUGUGAUGGAAUUAUCUUUGACAGUUUAUCCAAGCAGCACCUCAAUAAGGAUAAUGUCAGAAUCAAGUCGAAGAGCAGAAUAACUGAUCCUGCACUCGUGCGAGUGGAAAGAAAAGGUUUGAAAUAUCCCGUUCUCUACAUCUUUCAUGUUUAUUGA